GUCCGGCGCGCCGAGCCGUCUGGGUAAAUAUGUCGCCAUUGAAACAAUGGUUCAAGGGCUUUAUCGCCACGUCCGAAUUGCUAAAACUACGAGAUUCUUAAUCUUACGAACAGUCCAGUAGGGUAUUGCCAUCCGCCCGAUAUCACGCUCUUGUGCUUGUGAGCGGUGCCUGUUCCACGCAUGUCCCAGGCUGUUGAAAGCUUGGUUUUAAAUAUGUUUAAAAAAAGACAAAUACAUCCGAGGAGAACAUGGAUAGCUGACGAUCCGGAAUGGGACAUUUCUCUAGAUUACUGCUUUCGUUGUCUCAGUUAUAUUUAAAAGCCUGUGAAUAUUUCUUUACGGGUAACACAGCAGGCACAUUAUGCAAAUUAUUCAUUGUCAUUGUCUGAAGAAGCGUCCUGACCCGAAACGUCACGUAUUUCUUUUCUCCAGAGAUGCUCUCUGACUCGAAAAUUGCAAAAGGAGAGGUUGCUUCAAAUCAAAUACCACAUCAAAAUCUGACGGGGUCAUUUGGUGCAUCAACGUCCAAAUUUCGUGUGAGGAAAAAUGUUUGCCUAUGGAGGAAUAAAUUCAAUCUGGAGAGUCGACAGCAAGGCAGCGUGUUUAACACUCUCAGGUGGGGAUGGUCCCAAAGGCAAAUUGUGGAAAAACAUUUAAAACAUUCGACAGCCAGUGAAGUCAUCUCGGCAUACACACAGAGAGCGAAACCAUCCGUAUGUUCUACAUGUGUGAGAAAGGGUUUGAUAAUUGACUGAGCCAACGCGAGAGUUUGUAAGUUUUCUACAAAGCAAAUAUUUUACUGAUAACAGAUAAUGGGUUGUUGAUGUUUCCAAGGAAGAAAUCACAGAGCCCAACAUUGCGUGUAGGAAGGAACUGCAGAUACUGGUUUACACCGAAGAUAGACACAAAAUGUUGGAGUAACUCAACGGGUCAGGCAGCAUCUCUGGAGAAAAGGAAUGGGUUGAGACCCUGCAUCAGACUCAGAAAAGAAACAGAUGAUAUUUCGGGUCGAAACCAUCCUUCAGACAUUAGAUAGGGACUUUACCACUUUUGUGGCUGGGAGUGAUUUAAAUCCUCUUGUUCGGACACUGUUCCCUUACACCAAUGAAACCGUUCCCAUGUUCUGACUGUGGAAAGAACUUCAAGCAAUCAAGUGAUCUCAUAAAACACAAGCGGGUUCACACAGGGGAGAAGCCGUUCACCUGCUCCGAGUGCGGGAAGGGGUUCACUCAGUCGUCCUCUCUGCUGACGCACCAGCGGGUCCACAGGGGGGACAGACUAUUCACCUGCUCCGAGUGCGGGAAGAGGUUCAGUCGAUCAUCGUCCUUGCUGACCCACCAGAGGGUCCACACGGGGGAGAGGCCGUUCACCUGCCCCGACUGCGGGAAGGGAUUCACUGAGUCAUCCAGCCUGUUGAGGCACCAGCGGGUCCACACUGGGGAGAGGCCGUUCACCUGCUCCGAGUGCGGGAGGAGGUUCAGUCGGUCAUCGUCCUUGCAGACGCACCAGCAGGUCCACACUGGGGAGAGGCCGUUCACCUGCUCCGAGUGUGGGAAGCGGUUCACCCGCUCUUCCAGCCUCAUCACGCACCGGCUGAUCCACGCCAGCGAGAGGCUGUUCGCUUGCCCCGAGUGCGCAAAGCGGUUCACUCAGUCGUCCCGGCUGGCGGCUCACCUGCGAGUCCACACCGGCCACAGGCAGUUCAUCUGCCCAGAGUGUGGCAACGGGUUCGACCAGUCAUCCCACCUGGUGGCCCACCAGCGCAUCCACACCGGGGAGAAGCCAUUCAUCUGCGCCAAGUGCGGCAAGAGAUUUGCAUGGUCCUCCAGCCUGCGGAGGCACCAGCGGGUCCACACCGGGGAAAAGCCCUUCACCUGCUCCGAAUGCGGGAAGGCGUUCUCCCAGUCUUCCGACCGACUCAUGCACCAGCUGAUUCACAACAGGGAGCACAUGUUAACACAAAGUGCUGGGAACAUUUAAACUCCGCUUCAGAUGGCCAGUGUCCAUAGGACAUAUGAGCAGAUUUAGGCCAGUCUGCCCAUUGGUCACCUUCCUUAGUCCCUUUAAGUCUGCUCCGACAUUCAAUCUUGCCUGAUCCAUUUUCCCUCUCAACCCCAUUCUCCCGCCUUCUCCCCAUAACCCUUGAUGCCCUUAGUAAUCAAUAACCUUCAAUAUCCGGUUUCACGAUACCCAAUCAAUUCCACAGAUUCACUACCCUCUGGCUAAAGAAAUUCCUCCUCAUCUCCAUUCUAAAGGCAGGUCUUUUUCUUCUGAGUUUGUGCCCUCUGGUCUUAGAUCAGUGGCACAACCGGUAGAGCUGCUGCCUCACAGUACCAGAGACAUUUGUACGAUCCUGACUAGCGGUGUGGAGUUUGCACGUUCUCCCAGCCACAUGCUGGGUUUCCUCCCACAUUCCAAAGACCUGCCAGUUUGUAGGUUAUUUGGCUUCUGUAAAUUGCUCCGAAUGCAUAGAGAGUGAACGAGAAAAUGGAAUAACGUACUAGUGUGAACGGGCGAUUAAUGGCGUGGACUCCUUUGGCUGAAGAGCCUGUUUCCACGCAGUAUCUCAAAACAAAAUAAACUCCUCCACCACUGGAAACAUUCUCUUCACAUCCACUCUAUCCAGGUUCUUUAUUAUUUGGUGGGUUUCAUUGAGAUCACCCCCUCAUCCUUCCAAACUCUAGCAAGUACAAGCCCAAAACCAUCAAGCGCUCUUCAAAACCUAUCCCUAACCAGUCUGAAGUAAGGGUCUCGACCCGAAACGGCACCCAUUCCUUCUCUCCAGAGAUGCUGCCUGUCCCACUGAGUUACUCCAGCUUUUUGUGUCUAUCUUCGGUUUAAACCAGCAUCUGCAGUUCCUUCUUACACACUCUUCAUACAAAUACCCACUCAUCUCCAGGAUUAUUCUCAUUAUGUCUCGAUUCUGCAGUUACUAGGCCACAUUGUAUUGACGACCUAACAUAUUCCAUUGUUGAUUGUCUGCGGCAGUUGACAAGGCACUGACUGAUCACAAUAGAGCCCACCUUCCAACCAACUUCCCCAGCCUCGGUGUCUCCUCUUGCUGUGUUCCAGCCUCCACCACAACCUUCCAGCACUGAGCAAGUCUCUGGGACGGGGCAGGGUCUUUGUUUCCGUCUGGUACAUUGCGGCCAGAGAUAUGCUCACCGUUAUUCUAUAAAACGUCAGGGAUUUGAGCAGAAUAAAUGCUUUGAUUUUUUUUU